CGAAACCAAUGAGCCCCCACCCGUAUUCAAUUCCCUCUUCUCUGGCACAUUCCGUCGAACACGUCUCUUGGGCAUGGGGCUGGACGUCGCCUGGUACGACUUCGUCUGCUUCGGCAUUGUGGGCGUCGCGCUUCUCGGGUCCCUGUGGCUUAUCUGGAGGAAAGAGGGCGCUUGCCGGUGCGACGACAACAGCUUGUACGAGAGCUUGCUCGUGGGUCGGCCCGAGAGUGAUGGGUCGAUGCAGGGCUCCGUCCCGAAGAGCCACGUGGGCUCGUCGCAGCUCUGGACCAGCUGCUGGCGUGGGGUUCACCCGGGCUGGCUCUUGGGGACGCGGCUCUGCUCGUUCCUGAUAUUGGCCGGGUUCAUGUUCAAGGAUAUCGAUGACUGGGGCGUGAGCGUGUACAUCUAUUACACCGAGUGGACUUUCACUCUAGUUAUGAUCUAUUUUGGGGUAGGGUCUGUUGUGUCUGCAUAUGGGUGCUGGAUGUAUCACAUGCCAUCUCCUUCUACAAAUGGAUCUGGGAGUGAGUUCAAGAGGGAUUUGGAAGAGAGUAGGACAACUGCUCCUAACCCAGAUGCAGAACAAGAAGCCAGGGGCUCCAGGUUGAGACGCCACUACACUGAAGAGGAGAUCCUGCAAAGAGCAGGAUUUUGGGGAUAUCUGAUGCAAGUUUUAUAUCAGACUUGUACAGGAGCUGUAGUCAUGACAGAUGUUGUCUUUUGGUGCGUGAUAGUCCCGUUCUUGUCUACAGCACGUCUUGGCCUGAAUGUGUUGAUGGGGUGCAUGCACACCCUGAAUGCCUUCUUACUCCUAGUUGAUACUGCACUCAACAGUCUUCCAUUCCCAUGGUUCCGGUUCGUAUACUUCAUGCUCUGGAGCUCUAUCUAUGUCAUUUUUCAGUGGGUCAUCCAUGCCUGUGGUUUUUCAUGGUGGCCCUAUCCAUUUCUUGUCCUAUCGACACCGUGGGCUCCUCUAUGGUAUUUUGUCCUCGCAGUUCUUCACAUUCCUUGCUACAGCAUAUACGCUCUGAUCAUAAAGGCGAAAAAUUCUUUUCUUCCCAGAUUGUGUCCCCAUUGUUUUGUGAGGUCGGGUUAGCUUCAUUCUCUGCAUCACGCCUUCUCCUUCAUCGAAAGUAGUACCUCCAUUUUACAAUUCCUAGUCUUUUAGUUUCUUCCUUUUUGGCUCAAUUGCCUUACAUGCUACGAGACUUCAUGCGUACGAGGAGGGUCGAGUCUCGAAUCCUUUUCCUCCUGAUUUGUGAUUCGCCCUGCUGGGGGACAGUCUAGAGUUGAUCAAUUGCUCAAACUUACAUUGUAUCUGCCAAACUAGUGUCUAACUAUCAUUUUCUUUCCUAAAUAACAAAACCAGUUCAAUUACUUU